UGUUCUCCCUGGUGAUUUCGACGGCUUGAGUCGAGGAUGCGUGAGCGCCCGAUCUGUUACACUGGUCGAUUUGUGUAGGAAAAUCGACGGUUCACGCACCCGCUCAUCAAAACACGACCGGCAUGGCUAUUUGAACGGAUCCAAAAAAUCGGUUUUGUAUUGCUUUGUGGGAAACGUGCGAUUUAGUGAAGAUAGUUUUAGUUGAAAUGAACAAAAUGUGUUCGGUGGUGUUUUUGACUGUGUUCUCUUUGAUCUUUGUGGGCACGAUCAGUGGAUUAGAUGAAUUGGAGACCACACCAGCGAUCGGCGUUGCAAGCACCGCGUGUUACGACAAAUUUAACAGACCUCAGAAAUGCAUCCCGACGUUCGAGAACGCGGCGUACGACGUGCUGAUGGAGGCGACGAACACCUGCGGCGAAAACGGUGAGAUGGAGUUCUGCGUCCAGACCGGAGUUUCGGAGGUCAGGAAGUCGUGCGAGAUGUGCUACCCGAACCAGCACAGCGCCAAGUACUUAACGGAUUUGCACCGGAACGAUCGUCCGACCUGGUGGCAAUCCGAGACCAUGUUCCAGGGCAUCCAGUACCCGAAUCAAGUCAAUCUGACUUUGAAAUUUGGAAAGGCUUUUGACAUCACAUACAUUCGAUUGUGGUUUUACUCACCGAGACCUGAAAGUUUUUAUAUUUCCAAAAAGACUACUGAAGAUGGACCUUGGAUACCAUAUCAGUACUACAGUGCAACAUGCAGGGACACAUACGGAGUACCAGAACAAACGUGGGCGUCGAGGGGUGAAGAGACCCGAGCACUUUGCAGGUCCGAUUAUUCAGACAUUUCGCCACUACGUGGAGGAAACAUAGCCUUCGGUACCAUCGAAGGCAGACCAUCCGCCUAUCAAUUCGACAACAGUCCCGAACUCCAGGAAUGGGUGACGGCCACGGAGAUCAUGAUAACGCUGGACCGCAUGAACACCUUCGGCGACGAGAUCUUCAGCGAUCCCCAGGUGUUGCGUUCGUACUUCUACGCGAUAGCGGACGUGGCGGUGGGCGCGAGGUGCAAGUGCAACGGCCACGCGUCCGAGUGCGUCGCCUCCACCGGGGUCGACGGCUCCCGCAGGAGGGUGUGCAAGUGCGAGCACAACACCGCCGGCCCCGACUGCAAUAUCUGUCUGCCGUUUUACAACGACGCGCCGUGGGCCAGGGCCACCAUUCAGAACGCCAACGAGUGCAAACAAUGUAACUGCAACGGAUACUCCAACCGUUGUUUCUUCGACGAGCAGCUCUACAAACAAACUGGACAUGGAGGGCACUGUUUGGAUUGUACGGCAAACCGCGACGGACCAAACUGCGAACGUUGCAGGGAAAACUAUUACAUGCGGGAAGACGGUUACUGCGUCGCCUGCGAGUGCAACCAGGUCGGUUCCAGAAGUCUGCAGUGCAACUCGGAGGGUAAAUGUCAGUGCAAACCGGGAGUCACUGGCGACAAAUGCGACAGAUGCGAUGUCAACCACUACGAUUUCAGCAACACGGGCUGCAAAAAUUGCGGUUGCGAGAUUGCUGGCUCUUUGGAUAAUCAACCUAAUUGCGAUCCUUACACCGGUACUUGUUUCUGCAAGGCAAACGUUGAGGGACAACGUUGUCGCGAGUGCAAAUUAGGGUUCUUCAAUUUGGAUAUUGAAAAUGUGUUCGGUUGUAGUCCGUGCUUCUGUUACGGCCACUCCAGUGAGUGUACAUCGGCCGUUGGGUACUCCAAGUAUCAGGUGGAGUCGACUUUUGCCAAAAACAACGAAAGGUGGACCGCAGUCGAUGAGUACAACAGACGUCUGGACUCCAGAUAUGAAAGUGUUAGCCAAAGCAUUGGCGUUCAGUCUCUUGGUGAUGAACUGGCUUAUUUCGUCGCACCGGAGAGAUACUUAGGUGAUCAAAGAGCGUCGUACAAUCAACUAAUAACAUUCUCUUUAAGAAUCGGAGAGUCAAGAGCCAUACCGACUGCGAGAGAUAUUAUUUUAGAAGGUGGUGGAGUGGAAGUCUCCAACACAAUUUUCGCACAAUCAAAUCCCAUACCUAAUAUCCAAGUACAAGAGUACAAAUUCCGCCUGCACGAACAUCCAGAUUACGGCUGGCAACCAAGACUUUCCUCCACUGGUUUCAUGUCACUUCUAACCAACUUAACAGCCAUCAAAAUUAAAGGAACGUACGCACCUCAAGGCGUUGGCUUCUUGGACGACGUUAAACUUGAAACUGCCUCCAGAGGAGUGGCUGGAAAACCUGCUAAAUGGAUCGAAACUUGCAACUGCCGAACGGGAUACGUCGGACAGUUCUGUGAGUCCUGCGCUCCCGGAUACAGACACCACCCAUCCCAAGGUUCGUUCAUGCCCUGCGUUCCGUGCGACUGUAACAAGCAUGCGGACAUUUGCGACUACGAAACGGGAAGAUGCAUUUGCCACCACAACACGAUGGGAGAGAACUGCGAGUUGUGUGCCCGAGGUUAUUAUGGAAAUGCUCUCGGCGGAACUCCUGACGAUUGCCUUCCUUGCGGCUGUCCUAACGGCGGUGCUUGCAUCCAAGUUGACGAGGAAACCAUCAUGUGCACAGAGUGUCCUUUGGGAUACAGCGGAGCGAGAUGCGAAUCUUGUUCUGAUGGGUACUAUAGAUCGGAGGACAAUAGUUGUGUUCCUUGCGAGUGCAACAACCACAUUGAUACAAAUGGUAUCGGAAACUGUAACACGACAACCGGUGAAUGUUUGAGGUGUAUUCACAACACCGCUGGUUUCCACUGCGACAAAUGUUUGCCAGGACACUACGGAAAUCCAAUCCUUCCAGAAGGCUGCAAGAUGUGCGAGUGUUACCAUUUGGGAACACAGGCGAAUGACGAAGGAUCACCAGAUUGUGAUCAAACAACAGGCUCCUGCUAUUGUAAACCACACGUAGUUGGAAAGAAUUGUGACAAAUGCGAGGAUGGUUACUACAACUUGCAAAGCGGCGAAGGUUGUCAACCUUGUAAUUGUGACUCCAUCGGCUCUCAUAACUAUACAUGUGACUCCUACACGGGCCAAUGUUAUUGUAGACCAGGAGUAACUGGAUUGCGUUGUGACCAUUGUGAAACCCUCAAAUACGGCUUCUCCACAGAAGGUUGCAAGGAAUGUGACUGCGAUAGAAUUGGGUCUAAGGACUUGCAAUGUGACGCUUCCGGACAAUGUCCUUGUUUAGAAAACGUGGAAGGACGUAGAUGCGAUAGAUGCAAGGAGAACAAAUAUGCUCGUCAAAAAGGUUGCAUCGAUUGUCCUGAUUGUUAUAAUCUUGUUCAGUUUGCCACCCAUUCUCACAACAACAAGCUGCAACGUCUCAACGAAAUUCUAGACGAGAUUGAGCGUAAACCGACUGUUAUUGCUGACGACAAAUUCCCUGAAGAACUUGACAAGCUACAAGAUGAAAUUGAGACGUUUUAUCACAAAGUUAAGAACGCCACAGGAGACGACAGCAUUGUUCAACAAGUUCAUGAUAUAAGAGAAAGAGAAAAGGACAUUUCCAGAACGUUGAACGAAAUCGACGAAAACAUUUACUUAACAAAUGACAAAGCACAAAAGACUAAAGCUACGAUGAAUGAGGCUGAAAAACUUUUGGAAGAGGCUGACGCCAAAUUAACUGAUGUGUUGAAACACUUCGAAUCUGAAGCCAGACAAGUUUUAGAAGACGCCAAAAACAGAUCCAAAACCGUUGGGCAACAGUCAGAAAAAAUGACUGAUAUUGCACAUCAAGCUCGAGAAUUAGCUGACGAACUGGACUCGAGAGCUGAUCAGUUAAUUUUAAAAACGCAAGAGACUAAAAAUAAAUCAAUUGAAGCUUUGGAAAAGGCGAGAAAUGCUACAUUCAAUCAGCAAAGAGUUGGAGAUCAAGCCCGUGAACUCAAGAACGAACUGAUUACAGUCGAACAAAACUUGAACAACACCCAGAAAUUAACCAAAGAGGUGAGUGAAAGAGCUAAAGAAGUCAAGAAGGAAGCUCUUAAUCUUCUUAGUGAAGUGAACAAUAUCUUCAUUCCUCAAAUGAACAUUGACGAGUUGAAGAUGAAGGUCAAACAGUUGGAAAAUGAAGCUUAUAAGCUUAGCAACAUGUCAGAUGAAGUAUUCAAAGGAAAUGAAAUGACUUUGGUGGAUAUCAGAGAGAAAUUGAUACAAGGACGUUACCUAUUGUCGGAUGCCAAAGAUCAAGAGGCCAGCACAGAACAAUUAUUGGCUGAUUUGAAGUUGUCCCAGGAUCAAGCUAACAAAUCUGUCACACUUGGUAACGACAUAAUUAAACAAGCACAAGACUACUACCUCUUGUUCCAAGAUUUUGAUGCACAAACAAAGAAGAGCAAAAAAGAAGCGGAAGAUGCUCUAGCAACAAUCGACCAAAUAGUGGCCAUUAUAGAAGACACAAACCGCAACAUUGAAGAGGGUGAAGCUUCACUUAGAGACGCGAAGGGUGGAGUUGGAGUUGCUCUAACAAAUGCCCAGAAUGCUGAAGAACUGGCCAAAGAUGCCUCAACCACUGCCUUUAAAAUCAAGAAGGAUGCUGAGAUGCUUCACCAAAACGCCACCAAUUUGGGUAACGAGGCGAACUUGAUGUUCGACAGAGUCAGAAAUACUGAAGGAAGAUUGAGCACUCUCUUGGAGAUCACCAAGAGCAACGAUACCUUAAUAACCGAGGCUAAAGAAAAGGUUGGCCGAGCAGGAAAAGACACAGAUGAAGCUUCAAAGAGUGUACAUGAACUUCUGAACAAUGUUAAUGCAAUCAUCAGCGAAUUGGAAUCAGCACCUGACUUGAACGAGGAAGAAAUAGACAGAUUCGAGAUAGAAAUCCGCCAAAUCGAACAACAAAUAAGGGAUGCUGAAUUGGAGGAGUCGUUAGAAAAGUUAAGGAAUAAACAUAAGGAACAAGACGAACUGAUUGAUCAAUACAACAAAGAAAUUGAAAAAUUAGAAAGAGAUGUUUUAAAUAUUGAACAGAUUACGAGAUCAUUACCGAAUGGCUGCUUCAAAAAAAUCAAACUUGAACCCUAAAUAUUAUAGCUGAAUUAAAGAAUUGAUCAUGGUAUUCAAAUAGGAAUUGUUUUAACCUUUUUUAUUGGUCACAGUUGUACAAAACACUUUUCCUGUUUAAAUAUCCAUAUUAUAUUUAUACCAAAGAACCAAAUGAUGUUAUGUGAAAUACUUUUAUGUUUUCUAUAAACAUUAUGUAAUAAUAUUGAAAUAUGAAUGUUUUAAAAGGAACUCAAUAUCUAAUUUUACUAUUGUUAAUAAAUACACUCUGUUGUAAUGAGCAUCCACUGCCAUUGUUUAAUUUAGUUAAAUUUAGUUUUUGUAUUACUUAGGAUAGACAAUAGGAAACUAGAUUUGUCUAAAACGAAAUAUACAGUUUUUGAA